UUGGGAAAGAUUCUGCAUUUUGAAACCAGUGCAGAUUGUAAUCAUCACUCCAUUCUUUUGAACCAAAUUUGACCUUUUUAGGAGCCUGGCGAGCUACUGUACACUUGUGAAGAGCUGGAUAAAAGGUUCCCUGGCUGCCAGUGCACUUUGAAAUUGAGAGCCUAGAGCAGUUUUUCCAAAGUGUUUCCUGCGGAUCACUGGCCCCUCAGAUACCCUGGGAGCAGAAGGGUUCUGUAAUCAGGGGUGUGAAACACUGCAUACCGUUUUCUGCGCCCUCCAACGUGCUCAUUAGCAUAUUAAAAGCCUCUGAGAGGUCCUCCCAUAGCAGUUUUCUGAACUAUUUUCACCCAGCAGUCCUAUUUCCGUGUAAAAGCUAUUAAUAUCCAUGGAACUAGUUUAUUUAAUAUAUACACUCUGGGAAAUGCUAGCCGUAUCCUCACUAGGAAGAAUAAUUAGCUCUAGUGUAGGUUUAGGCACAGCCUAAUUCUGCCUCUGCUCCCCAGUCCCUCCCGCUGGCCCCUUGGAGAGCUCUCCUGUGGGGUCAGAAGAGCAGCUACUGCCCGCACCUCACCCCAGCCUGGCUGUCGUGGCACCAACGGAAAGGUGCUGCUGCCGCUCAUCUCAGUAUUCUAGGGGUGACCACGAAUAGCGGGGCUAAGAGGAUGCAAAGUAGGAGAAUGUUGGCUGGAUACGUGGAGAGGGCCCUAGUCCUCAGACCAGACCUCCCUCAGGUCCGGGUCUGGCUUUCCCCACUGGGGGCGCGCGUGGGUGUGGACUUGGAGCCCGCCGCCUGUGCCCAGGGUGCUGACGCCUCUUUUCCCCUGGGCAGAAUCCUAAUGCACCUGGCUAGCUGGUGGUGAGCAGGGCCAUCUGCGCCAACGUGGUGGGCUCCCCAAAGGAACCCCUUUGAAGCCAAUGGAUGCGUUCACGGUCUCGGGUCUCAAGAGAAAGUUUGAUGAUGUGGAUGUGGGCUCAUCGGUCUCCAACUCGGACGAUGAGAUCUCUAGCAGUGACAGUGCUGACAGCUGCGACAGCCUCAAUCCGCCGACCGCUGCUAGCUUCACGCCCACUUCCAUCCUGAAGCGGCAGAAGCAGCUCCGGAGGAAGAAUGUCCGCUUUGACCAGGUGACAGUGUACUACUUUGCCCGGCGUCAGGGUUUCACCAGUGUGCCCAGCCAGGGAGGUAGCUCUCUGGGCAUGGCCCAGCGCCACAACUCCGUACGAAGCUACACGCUCUGUGAGUUUGCUCAAGAACAGGAGGUGAACCACCGGGAGAUUCUUCGUGAGCACCUGAAGGAGGAGAAGCUUCAUGCCAAGAAGAUGAAGCUCACCAAGAACGGGACUGUGGAGUCAGUGGAGGCCGACGGCCUGACCCUGGAUGAUGUUUCGGAUGAAGACAUUGAUGUGGAAAACGUGGAGGUGGACGAUUACUUCUUCCUGCAGCCUCUGCCCACCAAGCGGCGACGGGCCCUGCUCAGGGCUUCUGGGGUACACCGCAUUGAUGCGGAAGAGAAGCAAGAACUGCGAGCCAUCCGCCUGUCCCGGGAAGAGUGUGGCUGUGACUGCCGGCUGUACUGUGACCCAGAAGCGUGUGCCUGCAGCCAGGCGGGGAUUAAAUGCCAGGUGGAUCGUAUGUCCUUUCCCUGCGGCUGCUCCCGGGAUGGCUGUGGGAACAUGGCUGGACGCAUUGAAUUCAACCCCAUCCGGGUCCGGACUCAUUACCUCCACACCAUCAUGAAGCUGGAGCUGGAGAGCAAGCGGCAGGUGAGCCGCCUGCCAGCCCCGGAUGAGGAGCCCUCGCCUGCUGCCAGUUGCAGCCUGUCAGGAGCACAGGGCUCCGAGACGCAGGACUUCCAGGAGUUCAUUGCUGAGAACGAGACAGCAGUGAUGCACCUUCAGAGCGCGGAGGAACUGGAGCGGCUCAAGGCGGAGGAAGACUCGAGCGGCUCCAGUGCCAGCCUGGACUCCAGCAUCGAGAGCCUGGGGGUGUGCAUCCUGGAGGAGCCCCUGGCCGUCCCAGAAGAGCUGUGCCCAGGCCUCACGGCCCCCAUUCUCAUCCAGGCACAGCUGCCCCCCGGCUCCUCUGUCCUGUGCUUUGCGGAGAACGCGGACCACGCAACUGCCUCGGCAGUGAACAGCCCCUCCUACUUGAACAGUGGGCCCCUGGUCUAUUACCAGGUGGAGCAGAGGCCAGUUUUGGGGGUGAAAGGCGAGUCUAGUACAGAAGAGGGCCCACCCUCUUUCCCCAAGGAGAAGGAUCUGAAUGUCUUCUCUCUCCCUGUUACCUCACUGGUGGCUUGUAGCCCCACAGACCCAGCUGCCCUCUGUAAAUCAGAGGUGGGAAAAACAUCCACUCUAGAAGCGCUAGUGCCCGAAGAUUGUAACCCUGAGGAGCCUGAGAGUGAAGACUUCUGCCCCUCUUGGCCCCCCUCAAGCCUCCCCUUCUGCACGGACAGUGAAGAGGGCUGUGUGGUGGAGAAGCCCUCCCAGCAGAGUGAGGACCGGCCCUCCGAAGAGCCUUCCCUCGAGCUCCCUCUGGCAGUGUGACAUGGGGUGGAGAUUCCGCCGCUGACCCACUCUCUAUUUAUUCCCUUAUUUUAUCUAACACUAUUUCAAAACGGAACUGUAGAAGCACCUGCUGCUCCCAGGUUAUUUUAUCGGGGUCUUUGGUGUGGGAAAGGAUUGUUUGUACAAGUUAUUUUUAAAAGGGGAAACAGAACCAAGGAGACCAGUCCCAACUUGAUCUGGAGAUUGUCUCGGGGCAGAGAAGGCUGCGUAGUGCUGAAUACUGAGCUUUCUGGGCCAUUGGAACAAAGAACUAGAAUCUCAUAGAGGAGCUGGGUAACUCAAGCAGUUAUUUUUUAUGUAGGGACCAGAACAGAAUGAGUAGCACGACCAAACCCCUCUCCUGAGCUCCAGAGGUACACGCUGAUUUUCCUCAGUGGUUACGCUGAGAGCCCAUUUCGAUGUAUCGUACUACAGUGGAGAAGUCACCUGAUCAGAUCUAGAGAGGGCGGGAGGAAGAGUCUCUGCUGCUGUACAGAACCUCCAGGAUUUGAAAAAUUUUACCUGCUUUUCUCGGGCCACCCUGUCUGGUCAAUAAGUUAAGACAUGUUUGGUGUUCUCUUCCCCACAGUGGGGAUUCCUGGUCUGUAACUUGAAUUGUUUUUCACAUGUUCUAGGUACUAGA